AUGGCCGAGCCUGCCAAGUAUCAUGGCGGCCUCGUCGCCUUCGAGGGUCCCACCGACCUGGUCUCUACUCAGCUUCGCUUACUGCCUACGUCCUCGCAAAUAGCGGUUCUUCCCAGCGUAAAGGAGUUUCUCGAGCCCGAAACCCCCGAUGAGCCGUUUGAUGCGCGAGUGUUUGUCAGGAGAGUUCACAAUGCUGUCGCUAAAAGAAGAGAGGCCGCGUUGGCGUUUCUGAAGGACUCGACACCCACGCACAAAAGAUUGGUCUUUAUGAACGGAGGCACACCAAGUGCGCAGACAGUCUGCAUCAGGGCCAUUUCGCGGAAUGUCGUGGAUGGCGACAUUGCCAAGGCAGAGGCCAUCUUCAACGACCUUGUCAAAGGGGGCGUCGCAGGCCUCGACCAGCAUCCCGUCAGUGUUAGGGACUCUUCUCUUAACACAUCCGAGCAACUCCCCGAAGAUCCCAUCACAAGAGCCAUGCGUGCCGCCGACGCCCUCGAUCGCGAGACUGAAAACCUCCAGCCUUCCAGCGACAUCGACCUCACCAUCCCCCCCGCGCGCCCGAGGAGCAUGAGCCUUCCCAUGUACUGUUUCGCCGACACAUUCGGUGAUACCGCGCCAUUCUAUGUUUUCGGCAGACAGUACUACGAGGACAGUGGCCGGCAUGAAGAGGUCCCCACGGCGGUUGCUCAACGCGAUGGCCCAACGCCAACCUUGGCCAUUACGAAUUUCGAUGAGCUUGAGAAGUUUUCGGGUGAAGGGUUUGACAGUGAUGGCAAUCCAAUCCCACCGGCGCUUCCUCGCUCUCCGAGUUGCGUGGGCGAGGUUUACGAACGUGAAGACGAGUGCUCGACACCCUCGCCCAACCCUAGCGCCAUGCUGAGUGUGGCAUCGGGGUCUGAUGUGUUCAGCAUCCGCUCGACAGAGUCGAUCUUCAUCGAACAAGCAUCGCUCGUUCGUAUGAAUUCAACCACCUCGACCAGGAGACUGAAACGGUCACAGUCCAUUGGUCAGCUCCAACGAACCAACUCGCGCUACCGGGACACCAUGAUGCUACUGAAGCCCCAAGAGAAGUCUCUUGCCGAGAUGGUCACUGUCGGAAAGCUCGACAGCGACCGUCCUGUAUCUGUCAUUGGUCUCAUAGCAGAGGCAAGACGACGUGAGAACAAGGACAAGAUUGUUGAGGGCGCCAAGGUUGUCGAGGGCGCCAAAACCGUAUUUGUCAAAGGCGCCCGAACAAAUAAGGUUCUGCCGCCACCGCCGGCCGAGGCGAAGACUCGAAAACACAUCCGCACCAAGACAAACUAUGUGGACAGAGGAACCGACGCACAAGACGACACAGAAAUUCCAGAUAAUUUCGAGCCUGUCCUACCGUUCCACGAAGAUCUUGUCAUUCACUUCAAGGAUGACAGCCCUGACCCCAUUCUGGAGUAUAUGAUCAAGGCAUUCAGAGAAGGUGUCUAUCCAGUCGCACCGCCCCCUCCUGCGAUUUCCUCCAACACUUCUGUUGCAGACGGCGACGUAUCAGCUCCGCGUACUCCCACGUCACAAUCAAGCGAGUCUCAGACGACUCUAUUUACUUCUGCAACCGCUACCAACGGAGAGGAGUACGAUCCGUUCUCCUACGAGAGUACCACUUACGUCGAGAAGCCGCUUCCCCCCAUUUCACAGACCAUGACAGGCUCAGCGUUACCGACGCCUGCACACACACCUCCCCCCACAUUUUCGGAGCCGGAGGAUAAGUUCCACGACUUCAAUGCUGUGCAAGGGCAGACGGCUGUAGCCAUGCAGAACUCGCUUCGAUCAGUGCUUAACAUCUACUUUCCACCCAAGGGAAGGGGUUACUCGCAGUUCAAUUUCCCUUUACUGCCUGAGAUGGAGGGACUUUGGAAGCCAAUCUUCCGCGACUCGGAGUCGGGCGGCGGCCCGAGGAGGGAGAAUCGCCGGAUUGACCAGAUUCUGGCUGUCGGCGCGCAACGUGGGGUCAAGAAGACGUUUAUUUCAGGGGUGACGAGCCAGCUUGAGAGGUUGGGCACCAAGUCGAAUGGCGUCUCGCGGACAGGAAGGCUUGACUUCCGAUACCUCAUCGCCAACGCGAUGCAGUCGUUCACUGCGCAGCCUUUGGCGAACCAGACACACGACAACCCCUUCACGAACUCGUACAUUUUGGCGACCCUCAUCAUCCCUCAUCUUGAGACGUACUUUGCUGCCCACUCGGAAGUACGGUUUCUGCUUCUUGAUUACCCUCCCGAUCAUCUUGCCACCAUCCUUGCUCUGCAGAAGCUGAUUGGGGCCGACAUGAUGAAAGUUGCCCAAGUUAUUGAUGCUACCGCCAAGGAGCCACAUCCUUUCACUCACGUUCGCGGCAGCUCACUUGGACGGGUCUCGACGAGGAGUGAUUUCGCCUCUAGUUCAAGCUCACUCCAGUCGAAGGAUUCCAAGUCGGCCGUGUCUGUGUCCUCGCGAGAUGGAUUUGCGGUAUCAAAGGCCAACCUCCUUCUCACGUCGAAUGCAACCCCGGGGGAAGUCGCUACUUUUGUAUCGACCAUAUGGAAUAUUCUCAUCAAUGUCUCCAAAUUCUACUUGCCCGAAAGGGGAUCGAGAAGCGAUGGCAGAAUGAAAUCGGGCACCUCGUCACCUCUCUCGCAGAUGGCCAUGAGUCCUCCGAUUUCCCCCCCUUCUUCCAGAGGCAGAAAAAGCAACAAGACAUCGGGCUCAAUCAAGGCUCCAGCUAAGCCCCCCUCUAUCGCAGAGACCAUUAUGAGCCGCCGACUGAGGUCCCGGUGCGGCGACAAGAGGUCUCUGUUGGGCGAUGGCGGGUCCAUUAUGACCGUCGACAUGGAGUUUGAGAGCGAUCUGGAGCUCGAAGAAAAGCGUUUGAUGCCCAUGUUUCUGAAGAGAAGCCACGAACGCAAGGGGAACAGCCGCAAAGCUUUGAAGUUUCUGGGAUUGGCAUGA